UGAGGAAGCUGAUGUGUUAUUCCUUUUCUGCAGCGAAGGAUCAGGAAGUUUGUGCUCUUUCCUUGGCUGGGAAGUUUUUCACCUACUAGGACAAGGGUAGGGGAUUGGGGUGGAGGACAGGUGUUUUCCUAAAGUAGAGUGCAAGCUGCAGCCUCUCUCGGGCCGUAACCCAGGAGAAACGUCAGUUACAACGUUAAAGACCUUGUGCUAGUUGCUAUGGAGAAUAAAAAAAAAACUAAGAAGACAAUAUCUCUGCCCUCAAGAAGUUUACAGUUGAGAGACAGCCAGACUAUAAUAAAUACUUUAAAGUAAAAACAGUUCAGAAUGACCACUUUAACUCACCGUGCCCGUCGUAUGGAAGUAGGCAAGAACUCUGAAAAGAAGGCAGAAAGUGAGGAAGAUACUAAUCAAGACAGAAGUUCAGACAACGAAGACUCUGGAGAUUCUAAGGAUAUUCGCCUCACCCUUAUGGAAGAAGUAUUGCUCCUGGGACUAAAAGAUAAAGAGGGUUACACAUCUUUCUGGAAUGACUGCAUAUCAUCUGGCCUGCGAGGAGGCAUCCUGAUAGAGCUGGCCAUGAGGGGUCGUAUCUAUCUGGAACCCCCCACCAUGCGUAAGAAGCGACUUCUAGACAGAAAGGUACUACUGAAGUCAGACAGCCCAACAGGUGAUGUUUUACUGGAUGAAACUCUUAAACAUAUCAAAGCCACUGAACCCACAGAAACUGUCCAGACGUGGAUAGAGCUACUCACCGGUGAGACCUGGAACCCCUUCAAAUUACAAUACCAGCUAAGAAAUGUAAGAGAGCGAAUUGCAAAGAACCUAGUAGAGAAAGGCAUUUUAACCACGGAGAAGCAGAAUUUCCUCCUGUUUGAUAUGACUACUCAUCCGGUGACCAACACAACAGAGAAACAGCGACUAGUGAAAAAACUUCAAGAUAGUGUCCUAGAGCGGUGGGUAAAUGACCCUCAGCGCAUGGACAAGCGAACACUAGCACUCCUGGUGCUAGCCCACUCCUCCGAUGUACUAGAAAAUGUCUUCUCCUCUCUGACAGAUGACAAGUAUGAUGUGGCAAUGAAUCGAGCCAAGGACCUAGUAGAACUGGACCCUGAAGUGGAAGGGACAAAGCACAGUGCCACAGAGAUGAUCUGGGCUGUGUUGGCAGCCUUCAAUAAAUCCUAAAGCCAGCAGGUGGGUUUCUCCUUUCUCCCCUGCUGGGCUGGUGACUAUCAGAGACACUAUCACUGAGUUUGUGUGAUUGAUGAGAUGUUUUUCAUCAUUUUCUUCUCUUGAAUCAGACUUGUGAUUUGGGGCAAGCAACUUCAGGGCUUCUCCAUAGACCUUGACCUUUAUAAGCAGACUUUUUCUCCCUAUACUUCCACUCCAGAGGUGAAUUAACUGGGGUUGAGCCCACACAUCUCCAAUAAACAUUUUCUCUCAUUUCUUAGUUUACUU